AUGUCGGAGCAAGAAACUGUCCCGGACGAGUUUCGUUGCAACCGCUCCGACGGGAAGCAAUGGCGUUGCAAGAGACGGGCUUUGGAAGGGAAGAAGAUGUGCGAGUCUCAUCACUCUCAGCUUUCAAUAAAGCGGAACAAGCAGAAACUUUCCGAGUCGCUGAAGCUCGACAGAUCAAGGAGAGGAGGAGACGAAGCGGCGUCUUCAGAGAUCGAGCCAAACGAAGGAGGAAUUAGGGCUAAUAAAGGAUCGGGGAAAUCGAAUAAGAGGAAGCGAGUGAUGAUGGGAGAAGCAGAGGCUGUGGAUGAAGCUGUGAGGAAGAUGAAGUUGAAAAGAGGAGACUUGCAAUUGGAUUUGAUAAGGAUGGUGUUGAAGAGAGAAGUCGAGAAGAAGAAGAAGAAGAAGUUACCAAACAAGAAGAAGAAGAAGAAAGAAAGUAGCAGUAACAGAGGAUUUGGUGAUUUCGUCGGAGAAGAGUUAACGAGGAUUCUUCCCAAUGGCAUUAUGGCAAUUUCACCACCUUCUCCGACCACAAGCAAUGUGACAUCUCCUUCUGAUGUUAAAGUAGGGGAGGAACCGAUUUCGAUGACUAAAAGAAGGUUUCGGUCUAAGAACAUUGAGCCUUUGCCUGUUGGGAAGAUGCAGGUGGUUCCUUUCAAUGGGAAUUUGGUUAAUGGAAGGAAGGAGAAGAAGAAGAGGUGCCAUUGGUGUGGAACUAAAGGGUUUGGAGAUUUGAUUACUUGUUUGAGCUGUGAAAGAGAGUUCUUUUGCUUAGAUUGUAUCGAGAAAAGGAACAAGGGAUCAAAAGAAGAAGUUGAGGAAAAAUGUCCUGUGUGCCAUGGAUCAUGUAGGUGCAGGGUUUGCUCAGUCACUAUGUCUGGAGUCACUGAAUGUAAGGAUUCUCAGAGUGUCAGGAGUGAUAUUGACAGGGUUUUGCAUCUACAUUAUGCGGUGUGCAUGCUUCUUCCAGUCUUAAAAGAAAUCAAUGCAGAAGACAAUGUAAAGGUCGAAAAUGACGCGGAAAUUAAAGCUGAACCAGAAAUCUGUAGCUCUCAAUUGACCUCUGAUGAUCGACAGCUGCACAGUCGUGACUCUGCCGAACUGGAUUUGCAAAAGAGAUGCACACGCAGUUCCUCUGCGGUCAGGCCAAAUUCCGACGAAGAUCGGAGUCAGGGGAGCUUAUCUGGAAAGGUUGGACCAGUCAAGUGCUCUAACGGUAUAAAAUCUCUUAAGCCGCCUGUAUCUAGUGACUGGGACCAAACUCUGAAGGAUUGUAAGAGGAAAGAAGUCAAAGGGUGCAGCAAUAGCCUUUCUUUGAGAAGUGUAUUCCCUAUGGAGUUGACAAGCAAGUUAGAGAUCAGUGCAGAGGAAAUAGUCAGCUGCUAUGAGUUGCCUGAAGUCUUACAUAGAUUCUCGGGAUGUCCGUUUUGUCGUGGAAUUGAAAAGCAAUGUAGUAGUAGUAGUAGUGACAGCCAUUUGAAAGAAGCAUCCGGGAGAAGAGAAGACGCAACUGGUAACUUUUUAUACUACCCCACAGCGAUGGAUCUUCAACAAAACAAUCUCGAACAUUUUCAGACACACUGGAGUAAAGGACAUCCUGUGAUAGUUCGUAGUGUGUUAAAGGGUGGUUCAAGCCUGAACUGGGAUCCAGUAGACAUGUUCUGUAGUUAUCUUAUGAACAGCGAUAACAAAACUGGUAAUACAACUGAGUGCAUGGAUUGGUUUGAGGUAGAAAUUGGUGUAAAGCAAAUGUUUUUGGGGUCUUUCAGAGGGAAGGCUGAGACUAAUACUUGUCAAGAGAAGCUGAAGCUGGAUGGAUGGCUUUCGUCUUCAUUGUUUCAAGAACAGUUUCCUAAUCAUUAUGAUGAUAUACUGAAACUUUUACCAAUUCCUCAUUACAUGGAUCCAAAGCGUGGUCUUCUAAAUACUGCCACCAACCUACCUAACACAAUACAAACACCAAAUCUAGGUCCAUGCCUUAAUAUCUCUUACAGGAGUGGUGAAGAGUAUGCAAAGAAUGAUUCUGUGAAGAAGCUGGGAUUCGAAACUUGUGACACGGUUGAUAUCUUGUUACAUGUUACAGAAACACCGGUGUCCACAAAACAGAUUUGUAGGAUAAGAAAGCUAAUGAAAAAUGUCGGAAGAUCUAAAAACACAGAAAAGGGUAGGGUGAGCAGUUUUGGUAAGGGAAAGAGACAAGAGAGGUUUGAAGCUUCAUAUGCUCGGAGAGAUUGUUCAAGAGACUGUUCCAGUUCUGAUUCAGAAUCUUCACAAUAUUACUUAGGCACUGAAUCCAAAGGCAGUGAGUUUCAGGGAGAGGAAAGAGAAAGUUGCAACGACCCUUGUGAAGCAGAAAGCCGAAGCAGCUCUUGUGGUGCACAGUGGGAUGUCUUUCAGAAACAAGAUGUUUCUAAACUUCUUGAGUACAUCAAAAACCACUCUCUCGAGCUAGAAUCCGUAGAUUCCAGCAAAAAACAAGUGAGUCAUCCAUUAUUUGAGAAGAGUUACUAUCUUGAUGAGUAUCACAAAGCAAGGCUUAAGGAAGAGUUUGACGUUGAGCCAUGGAGUUUUGAUCAAUGUGUCGGCGAAGUAGUCAUCAUCCCUGCUGGAUGUCCAUACCAAAACAGAAAGAAUAAGUCUUGCGUAAAUGCUGUUCUGAGUUUUCUUUCACCUGAGCACGUUGCUGAAUCUAUCAAACGAGUGGACGAGCUUAAUCAAAUUCCUCAGAGCGUCAAAACGAAAGCAAACAAGAUUGAGGUGAAGAAAAUGGCGAUUCAUAAAAUCAUUGAAGCUGUAAAGGAAAUCCGGGAACUCACUUCUUCAGAUUCAACCGCUGCAGCAAGAUUAUAG